UGCAAUUUCCCUCUUCUCUGAGCGGCCAUCAGCUUCGCCCAGCCAGCGAGCCCAAGUUUGGCGAAGGCAUGACGACGAGCGGUUAACAGCCUUUCGUGACGUCCGCCAUCAACCUCACUUUUGGCCUACUUGUCACAUCUCUAGCUCUCUAUCACAUUGCGGACUUCAAACCGCUCGAUGAUACGGGCGCCGCUCAAUAUCAUCAGGCAGGAGCCACAUUCACGCUGUUCCUGCAUUCACAAGCUUUGCAAGUUCGGGCGGCUACGACGAUUCACUUUCAGUCCUCGUAAUCCGACUUCAUCCGGCUUCAAAUCUCGAACUUCAUCUUCACGAGCCCUGCCGCCGUCAUUGAUUUCUAGGCUCCGACACACGUGUCACCAUGGGGGCCUCAACUACACCAAGCACCCCGAUCUCACGUCGUGGGCUCCCUGUCACUCCUAAGAGCAAGCUACGAACACCAGGGAGCAGAACGGUGUCGCCCAAAACCGGAUCGCCUAGAAAAUCGGAAAGCCCGGUGUCCAUCAAACAAGCCCGGCGAAACUUCAUCGAGCACCUGGAAAUCUGGUCCUUGAAUCGGCGCGCGAACUGCAGCUUUUCUGGGAAGAUAUCACCCCAAGCGCCAGAUUGGCGCUCUGAGAAGCCUUACGCCCUGGGGGAACCAGUUAUAUGCGAGCUCCUACCUCACGGUGAGACAGCGCCCAUCAUUAUAGUGGUCCGCCUUUUCCCUCUACUAAAUCAAUUCAAAUACCGCAUGACAAUCCGCUGCGGGAGUGGAUGGGAGGACGAGCGAACUUGGUUUCUACGACAGCAUCGGAAAUAUCAGACGCGAGCUCAGAAUCGGAACCGCUGUGGUUCUGUUACACGAAGACGACCACGCCUUGCGUCCGAUGAAUUCCCUGUUACUGUGCGUCCGCUGUUUAACAAAUUCACAUUACUACCUAUCGAGCUGCAACAAUGGAUAUUUGAGCUCGCGAUGGGAAAUGGGGAGGAGGUGAAGCCACACAGUUCUCGUCAAAGCAGAGCAGUAGGGCGCCCGGUAGAUGAUGUCUCUAUCGCCAAACUCCUGACCCUCUCCCGUUCCAUCAACUGCCACAUCACCCCAUGGUUCUUCCGCACGACAACCUUCCACUUCGGAACGCAACACCUCACCACGUUCCUGCGUCAAAUCGGACCCAUCAACCGCAGCGAGCUUCGCAAGCUCUCCUUCUCCUUUGGCCGAUAUGCGCUCAUUCAUGUCUUACGAUUCUUCACGCCAAACCAAGUCUUCGAAUUGUUCAACCCGCUACUGACCCCUCAACAGCACUUCUGGCGUGUCUUGCUUCAAGAUAGCAUGCGUGAGCUCAACCUUGCCGUCUUGACCAUUAAGGUGGACCACAUUAUUAAGAGAGACGUGUCAGCGAUCGAGAAGAGCUUGGUCACUUCGUUUGGGAGUGUUGGUCGGGUGAAGUUUGAGAAGAUGGGAAUGCAGAUCGAAGCGGCGAGUUACAGAGGUGGGAAGGAGUUUGAGAAGAAGACUUGGUAUCAGCAUACUCAAGACAUCUUCGAACGAUACUGCCAAGGCCGCGAGUCCGAUAAGAUUUUCGGAAAAGCCCAGCUGAAGGGUACGAUUGAGGACCUCGAGACGAAGAUGCAGGAUGACUUAGAAUUCUUCCACACCUAAAGGUCCUACGGACUCGUGGCUGAUGAUGCUGGUCUGGGAGUCCUGGCUUGGAGUAGGUAUUCUUUUUGGCGCUCUCGGUCCUUGAGCACGACUAUUACGACAUCGUGACACUUUACUCUCAUGAGGCAUGAGACAUGAGGUUGGAGGAACGGACGGAAUGGUUUUGGAUAAUAAUUAGAACGUAGUUGAAUGCAUUCUAGGAUGCUAAGAAACUCGAAAAGGGUAAUUAUAUGUGGAUUCUACUGUGUUG